GAACCAAACGUGGAGUAGAAGCGUCACAUAAGCGGAUUGUUUUGAUCAUCAAAUUUGAUAUUAAUCCUAUUUUUAGAGCAGUAUGGAUGACGAGGAAGAGACAUACAGACUAUGGAAAAUUAGAAAAACUAUAAUGCAGCUUUGUCAUGAUCGCGGAUAUUUGGUGACGCAAGAUGAAUUGGACCAGACUCUUGAUGAAUUCAGGAGCCAGUUUGGAGAUAAACCGAGCGAGGGUCGACCACGACGAAAUGACCUGACAGUCCUGGUGGCCCACAAUGACGACCCGACCGACCAGAUGUUUGUGUUCUUCCCGGAGGAACCAAAGGUUGGCAUUAAAACCAUAAAGAUGUAUUGCCAGCGCAUGCAGGAGGAAAACAUCACCCGCGCCAUCAUUGUAGUACAAAUGGGCAUGACACCCUCCGCCAAACAGUCUCUGGUAGACAUGGCGCCGAAGUACAUACUUGAGCAGUUUCUUCAGCAGGAGCUUCUAAUCAACAUUACUGAACACGAGCUUGUUCCAGAGCACAUAGUUAUGACAAAAGAAGAAGUGACUGAGUUGCUGGCGCGGUAUAAGCUAAAGGAAAGCCAACUUCCCAGAAUUCAAGCUGGGGAUCCCGUUGCCCGUUACUUUGGCUUGAAGAGAGGCCAGGUCGUUAAGAUCAUCAGACCGAGUGAAACUGCUGGACGGUACAUCACAUACAGAUUGGUCCAGUAAUGCUGGUUUCUUUUUCCAGCAGCUGAAAUUGAACGCCUUCAGUUUGUCUUUUUACCAUUUUUAACUAAUAAAAUAUGUUUGUUACAUC